CUUCUCGAUCCGUCAUUUGCGCUCGACGACGUACCUUUGGAGCCGGCUUCUGUGGGCGUCGAUGCUGACAAAUACCAUCUUCUCUCCGCGCGGGUGCUCCGCGGCCUUGCCUCGCAUCUACUGCGACGACACAGAUCUCCCUGCGGGUCGUCCGGAUGAGGCCGAGCAGUCCUGUAAACUCUCGGACGAAGAAAACGACGACAACGAGGUGAUCAAAAAAUACGGUCUGGACGCCUACGAGAACGAAGAAUGCGGGUGGACGGGCGGAAUUGACGACCUGAUGACCUACAAACAUAACAAAGACGACCCUUACAUGACGAAUUUGAAUCCGGACGAAGAGGAGCUAGAAGACUUUCUGAUUCGUCCAACUGACCACGUUUUGCUGACAACUCUGACAGAGGAAGAGUUCUCUUACCUAAACGUGUGCAUUCUGCCUGAAGGAAGCAUCGAGCCUUAUAUCCACCAUGACUACCUCUUAUCGGAUUUCCCACUCUCGAUAGCGUGGAUGCGUCCCAAUUAUUGUGCGGUCGCCACGUUUCAACCCCAAAUCGAAAUUUGGGAUCUCGACGUGGUGGAAUCUCCCUCGCCUAUUCGCACGCUCGAAGGCCACAACUCGUCCGUGCUUGACGUCUCCAUGCACCACACGCUCCCUACUCUCUUGGCAAGCGGGUCCGCCGACCGCACCGUCGGUCUGUGGGACACGGAGCAAGGCAAGCGCGUUCAGACGCUGAGCCACCACCAAGACAAGGUCCAAUGUCUCUCGUGGCUCAAAACCGAGGAAAGCGUGCUGGCGACGGGCGGAUUCGACAAAGCGGCUUAUAUGGUCGAUGUGCGAUGCGCCAGCGCGGUCAAAAAGGUCGAUCUAGACGCCGACGUAGAGUGCCUCAAAUGGUCCACCGAAUCGAAUUCUCCAGUAAACCACGCCCCCAGCAGAGGCUCCGAACUCCUAAUUUCAACAGAAUCAGGCCAUCUGUAUUGCUACGACGCCGUCGCCGGUAAAAACAGGUGGACGUUGGCCUCUUAUCUCGGAUCUCCCUGCGCCUCUUUCUGCAUUCAGAGCUUCGAAGACUUCACUAUUUUGGCUACCGCGUCACCCAUCACCACCGCUCCCCUCAAAAUCUGGGCACUAAACCAAAACCUGGACGCACCCACCUGUCUCUAUAGCGGCGCCGACAUAUUGGGAAAACUGUACAAAGUCGAAAUGAACCAAGAUCUACCCUUCCAUGUAGCCGUCGGCGGACACCGGAUCCUUCCUACCAUGAUCAACGUACUUCAUUGGAACUCAGUCAGGCAAAAGUUCAAACACUCUUCAGCCGCCCAAGCUGUCGAUCUGGAACGGGCCGCUCAUUGGGAAGACCUUCUGAACGUCCUCAGCGACGACGAUUCGACCGGCGACGAAUCCGAACGCCAUCCUCGAUUCAGCGCUUCCAAAAAGAGACGCCAAGUCAACAAGCCAAAUAAACGAAAGGUCUGAAUCCUUGCGAUUUUUUUUU